AUGAUAUAUUUGGAACCCCUAGAAAGUAAUGAUAAAAAAGAAGACAAUUGGGAAAAUAAAAAAAUUAAUGAUGAUGAGAAUAAUGACAAUUGUGAGAAUAUAUUUUUGAGCGCAAAAGAGAAAAGAGAUAAUGAAAUAAAUAAAAUAUUAAAAAAUAUGAAAAAGGAAGAAAGGAAUUUAUGUUUUCCAUUAUUAGAUUUAUACUUUCUGAAUAAGAAUUUUAAAUGGCAAAAUUUAAAAGAAAGUUUAGAGUUUCCUAAUAAUGUAAAUGAAUAUAUAAACUUGAAUCUUUUAAAAAAGGAAAUAUUUCCAAAAGAUAUAAUUUUUGAAAAUGAUCAAAAGAAAAAACAUGAAAAAACAUGGAUAUAUAAUAAAUUGAUAAAAAGUGGAUUAUUAUAUGAUAAGAAGAUAAAAGAUAAUAUAAUAAAUAAAUUAAAUAAUAAUUAUAAUAUUAUAGAAAAAUCUGAUAAUAUAAAAAAUGAAAAUAAUCAUAAUACGAUUGUUGAUCAUAAUAAUUUACCUUGUGAAUGGAUAAAUAGUGAUGAUAUCAUUGGUACUUUUAAUCCAAUAUAUAAUGCACGAGAUAAAAUAAUUAAUGAUAAUUAUAUAUCUUCUAUACCAACGAUUGAUAUAUUUUAUAAUUCAUCCAAAUUAUUAACAAUUCAAACAAUAUUUGAGCCGAUUAAUCAUUAUAUAUAUUUAUUACGUCUAUUACCAAAAUUUAGUUUACCUUUAUAUGAUUCUGGUAUUUUACAAUAUGUAUGUGAAGAUCCUAUAUUGAAUGGUAAAUUAAAAGGACUAGAAUUAUCUUAUCGUUUAUUAGUACAUGAUAUUUUAUUUUAUGCAUUCUUUUCUUAUUUAUCCGAUUUGCCUUUUUGGGCUAAACCUCCAAUAGAAAUAUUGAGAAUAUAUAAUUAUGAAAGCUUAUAUUCAUUUAGUGAUUGUGAAUCUGAGCAUACGGAAAGGUUAGUAUUCCAUAAUAUUAAAAGUAUUAUAUAUAACUUUUCGGAUACAUUAAAUAAAAUUGAAUUAUUAUAUCCAAAAAAUUAUUAUAUAACUAUAUUUCCAAAUAUAUAUUUUAAAAAUAUUAUUGACUUUUUAAAAUCUGAAAAGUUCAAACUGAAAAAAAUGAUUAUCUUACUUAAAGGUACAAAUUAUAUGGAUGUACAAAAGUUGAAUUAUAUCAAGUCGAUUUUUGAUCAUUUGAUAGGCGAUAAAACUGAGCGAAUAUCAUGUAACAUGAAUAAUAAGAUGAUGGAUAUGACGAUAGGUGGGGCACACAUAAGAAUAAAUAAAGCAAAGGCAGAGGAUCUAUAUGAGUAUGAUCAUGAUUAUAAAGUUGAAAAAAAAAGUACUCAAUGUAUUAUUGAGGCAAUGAAAAAAUGUUCAAAAGGAAAUCCAAGAGAUAAAUGGGACGAACAAAGUAAUACAUCCAACAACAACAAAAAUAAAAAAAACAACAAAAAAAAUAAAAACAACAACAAUAAUAAUAACAACAACAAAAAAAAUAAAAAAAACAACAACAAUAAUAAUAACAAUAAUAAUAAUAACAACAAUAAUAAUAAUAACAACAACAAUAAUAAUAACAACAAUAAUAAUAACAACAACAACAAUAAUAACAUUGAUAUAUAUACUAUUAAUAGUUGUAUGCACAAUCAUCCGAAUUAUACCAUUAGCAACCAUUUUGAUAAAUUAAAAACACAUGAAUGUUAUGUAGAAAAAGGUCACAAUAAUGUGCGUGAACAGAUUAGUACACAAUCGAUUUUAAAUAAUAUUAUAAAUUCAAAUGAUCAAGUAAUAAUGACGAAAGAAACAAAUGAUAAUAUAGAUACAUCCAAUAUUAAUAAUAAUAAUCAAGAAAAUAAUAAUUUCCAUGUUUAUAAUAAUAAUUAUAAUAUACAUAAUUGUGCGCAUCAUACGUAUUGUCAAAUGGACCAUCCGAGCAGGAAAAAUAAUAUAACAUUAGCAUUUAAAAAUAAAAACAAGAAAAAGGAAAACAAGACAAAAUAUUUAUCAUCAGAAUCGUCAAACAGUGAUGAUGAUACGGAUGAUGAAAAUAUCGAUGGAUUCUUUAAAACGAAAAAAUUAAAAACUACAGUUUAUGAUAAAAGUACUUUUUCCUUCUCCAAAUUUGUUAAUAAAAUAAUAAAUUAUGAAAAAAUAAUGGACUAUUUAAAUAACGAUCCUCAGCGUCAAGAGAAGGAAGAUUCGAAGAUAAAAUUUUUUGUAAAAAUGUUGUUAUUUGAAAAAAGAUAUUCUAGUUAUGAUGUAAGCAAUGAUGAAAUCGAUAUGCAUAAUGAUGAAAAUACAAAUGAAGGAUUUUUUCAGAGUGAUAGCUCUGAGCAUACAAGAAAUGUUCAGGGUGUGAUAAAUGAGGAUAGGCAGGAAACAAACAAUACAAAUUCAUAUGUAGAAAAUAUUCAUAAUGAUGUAAAUGAUAGUGUAUCGAAUUCAUCCGAUUAUAUUAGUAACCUCAUUCAAAAUUUUAGAAGAAAUUAUGUAAGUAACAAUUUCUUAUCCUUUAGUAGGAAUGUAGAAAAAGAGCAAGAGAAUAACAUGAAUAUAGAAACUACCCAAGAUAAUUUUACAAGCAUAACAUUUAAUUUUAAAUAA